ACUUGACAGUCAAGUUGUCAUAGUUUCGUUAUGUGGGCUAGAGACUCUCUAGUAGAGAGUAUUAUGGUGUGGGCAGCAAUAUACUCUCUAGUGGGCAGUGGCAGAGUGAGUGUGAAAGAAUGUAAAAUGCUCGCGAGUAGUACAUGAACAAUAUUGAGACAGUGUGUUGAUCGUGUAGAAAUACCACUUAAUGCCAAUAUGUUCAAAAUACAUAAUUAAAUAAAUAAGGUUACUAGUAAUCGUUUAAUGAACAUAUCAAUAUUCAUGAACUCUUCUAAGUAUGUAAUUUUGGGUACAAGAAAUUUCACCAAGUACAUAUUUGUACACAGAAUUAGCGAACAUAUUGACGUUUGCCGAUAUUCAGAAUUGAAAGUUCACGGAGAGCGUGAGAGGACACGUGUUUACAACAAUACUUUUCGAUAGUAAUGCACUGUUUUGCACAGAGAAACAUUUCAUGGCAUGCAGAUGGCAGCACUUGUAGAGAAGACAACCACUUGUCUCGGGGAAAAAAAUGAUUUUACGUGUGUAGGCCUAAUUGAAGAACAGAAGUUGCUGUAUUUUACUCCUGAUUUUCGUGGAUCAACGACGUUGAAGGAUGCCUCUAGAUUGGCUUUUUGGAAGUAAAAAGAAGUCUGAACCAGAUCCGACACCUCAUCAUGAAGAUAAGGCAAAUACUAGUGGCGAUGAGUUCGUGGUUUUGGAAGCGGACCAGACCUUGCUAAGUCGCGGCGAUGGCAGUGGAAUGUAUCCUCAAUUACCCUAUGCUCUAGCUCCGAAAUCUCAAACUAAUCCCGAAAGCCAUACAACACACUCAUCCAGUGCUUCAACUCACGAAGUAACAACAGCUCUUGGAUUCCUGAGCGGAGUACCCUUCAAAUUGACAUCUACAGACACCUUCGAAGGUAGAGAAAAGUGUUUUGCAUGAAGCUGGGUGUAGGGAUUUGGGGUAAUGAUGUAUAAAAUUGAGACCAUUGUGCAAACAUUAAAUGAGCUUGUAAACUGUUUUUGGCACGUUUUGUGUACAUAGUUUCCAAGAUGCAGUCUUUAAAUCAAAACUCUUUAACUCAUUACCACAAAUGCAUUGCUUAUAUGUUAAUAUUAAUGUGUUGGAAGAUAAGUUUUACAUGUUUUUACUUUUAAUUGAAACAACAAAUAUAUAUUUUAAUGUAACAUUUGCUUUAAUAAAAAUGCAGCUAAAGAAAGUCUGUUGUAAUCUGGGUGCUCUCUAUUGUAGCUUAUUAAAGCUUUAACACUGUACUGAUUAAAAGAAAUGGUU